AUGAAAUUUCAAGCAAUUUUUAUACUAAUUUUAAUUGGAUUAUGCUCUAUAAAAGCAGAUGCUACCACAAGCUCAGUUUCAUUUAUUAGUAGCUUUAUUUCAUCAUAACCUAAUCCUUGUGGUAGUGAUGCUAGUUGUGCAGCUAGUAUUACUAUGUAUGCUCUUUGUCUAGGAGCAUGUGCAACUGGUAGCACUCUACCUAGUUUCUAAUCUUGUGCCUCAUCUUGCACAAGUAAUAAUAGCGCUAGUACUUCUUUUAUCAAUGCUGUUAAUGCUUAAAUUGCAAAAGCCACAACUAGUUGA